AGGAGAUAACUACCGCAAGACGGUAAAGUGUGGUAUCCAUGUAGAAUGAGGCCGUGGUGGGCUCGGGAGUCCACGUUCUAUAGCUUUUAUUCCGGGAUGAGCGAUCUCCUUGACCAAACCCUAGAGACUUGCCAUCGGCUUCCUACGUUACUUAUUGCAAUGUGACAUUGUCUGUUGAGAGUACUGAACAUCUUCCUCGCCGUAUAAGGCCAUCGCAGUUACGGCCACUUUCGCUGGACGCUUAGGCUGGGCUGAAAAAAACAUUUCAGCUGGGCCGCACCGGUGCGUAUACACCAGGGGGAAGAAGAGGGAAGCUGGUGGUGAGAUCACGGCAACUGGAGACGUAUUUAUGACAGCCAAGAGACAGAAGAUGUCGUUCAGUUGUAUACUAGACAUCGGAGUGCCGUUUGAAACAGAGAAGCAGGCCACCAUAGCGAAGAGAACACUCGAACAGGACCCCAUCCUCAAACCGGACGACCUCGUUGUGAGGUAUGAAGUCAACACGUCAUCGCUGGACAUGCACUUUGAAGCGAUAAGUGACCGUGUCUUGAGGGUUGCCGUGUCGAGUGUCCUGGAAUCGUUGAAGACCGUCAUCGAGGUGAUUGAUGAGUUUGAAUAAACGGAGAGUGCCAGUACACAACAUGGCUACGCUUCAGAAGGGGUCAUCAGCCUGCUGUGAUAUCACGCGUGGAGGCACCCUCGCGUCCUCGUCCUUCUCCCCACCAAGUGUGGUAUAGGCUCAACUAAUUAAUAUACAAAUCAGACGACGUAUAGCCUAUAGCCUAUAGCCCGUAGCCCUUAGUAGUUGGCCAAUCGAUUCCUCUCGCCUUGAGGGCGUCUGUGG